AUGCCAGACAUUGAUGACUGGGAACCGGUCCCAAAUGAGACAGAAAAUAAUGAGGCAUUAGAAGAACCGUUUUCUACCGAAGAGAAAAGAAAUAUUCCAAAACAAUUGGUUGUGGAUAGUGAUGGUAGCGAGGAUGUAUCAUCCAGUUCACCUAGUUUGAACGAUAAUGAUAAAGUUGGUAGUAUUAAGAGUGCCAAUGCGACGUCAGAUGUUGAUACUGAUCCAGCUGUAGAUCAUAAAGAAGUCAAUGACGAGAAGUUGCCAUUAAUGGUGGAUACUAAUCUAGCUAAUGACGAAGAGUUAGUAAGUGGUGAUGUUAAACCAGAGAAUGGGUUACAAUCACCGUCAUUUUUAAACAAUAUGUUUUCUACCUUUAGAUCAUAUUCUCAAUCAAAUGAUAAUAAUUCCGUAACUUCACCUACGGGGACUGCAGCUACAUCACCAAACAUAAUUUCACAUAGAAGGCAAUCUUCUUCAGGAUCUAGGAUGAGACAUUCUAGUUUACAUUCAGCAUCAAAUUCUGUUACUUCUAGCCCUAAAGUGGCUCCACAAUCGAGAAGUAGUCGUGUUAAUAGUAUGAGUAGCGUCGGUACUACGAAUACCAGUAAAUCGUUCAAGGACUUAAGACCAAUGGAGACAAUCUCUACUAUCAAUAGUAAUAACGUGGAAGAACCAGAUGACCGAUCAUCUCCUUCACCUCAACUAGAUUAUAACCCUAAGAAAUUUGUCGAGGAGAAAUACUUGGAUACACAAUAUCAUUAUGCUUCUCUGGAGAGAGAUAAAGAUUUUCAUACGCUGUUUACAUCUAUUCCGAAACAUGAUCGGUUAAUAGACGAUUUUAGUUGUGCGCUCUCUAGGGAAUUCUUAUAUCAAGGUAGAAUAUACAUUACACAGACACAUUUGGGUUUUAAUUCAAACAUUUUAGGAUGGACUUCAAAAGUGAUCCUAGAAUUUAAAGAUAUCACUUACAUGGAAAAGACAUCAUCAGCAGGGGUGUUCCAAAAUGCUAUUUCUAUCGAAACUGAAGAAGGUAAGACACAAUUUAUAAAUUUUAUUUCCAGAGAUGGUUGUUUUGGUCUAAUGAAGGAAGUUUGGUCUCGUAACUUAUUGGCUCAUGAAGAAGAGAAACGUAGAAGUGCAAUUGGGAUCGCUUUACCUGAAACUUCACCAAACAAUAGUAAUAAUCCACAUUCUUUAAUAGAUACAUAUUCGGAGUUGAUUCACUCUCCUGAUUCAAAACUGGAAACAUCUAUAAAAACAGGUAAUUCUUCCGAAGGCAACAUAUCUGAUCAUUCACUUGUGAAAAAUACAUUAUACACCACUACUGAUGGUUUUACGGCAACACAUACUGAGAAAGUUUUGAACAUUUAUAAAUUUAAGGAAUCAUCUCCAUACAAUGAAUUUGAUUUUAAGCCUCAUGUCUUGAAACCAACACAAUUUCCAUUUUAUCCGCCAAAUGAAAAUAAAAAUGAGCAUAUAUUAAUAGAGCGUACAGUUAGUUGUACACCUAAUCAGGCAUUUCAAAUGAUAUUUAAUGCAGCACAUCAUGAAUUUUUACAAUCUUUCUUACUAGCUACUGACUCGCGGGAUAUCAAAUUACCGGAGUCAUACGUUACAAAUGAACAAACCGGUAACCUUGAGAGACAGUAUAACUAUUCGAAAUCUAUCUCGGGUAUCCCAGGUGGCUCAACCGAUUGUAUUGUUACUGAGGAAAUUAUACAUAAUGAUCCAGACAAUUAUAUUAUGGUAAUAAAUACUACAAAGACACCAAAUGUACCAUCCGGAGGUGCCUUUUCGACAAAGACAAGGUAUUUGUUCAAAUGGGGGGUUGAUAAUUCAUGUGAUCUGCUGAUAUCAUUCUGGGUCGAUUGGACUGGUUCCAGUUGGAUUAAACCCAUGGUCGAAGCAGGUUGUAAAAAUGGACAAACAGAUGCAACAACUAAGAUGAUGAAAAUAUUGGAUGAUUUGAUUGAGAAAUAUAUAUUUUCAGAAGUUGUAAUUGUAGAAGCAGAUGAGGAGAAUCAUGGCGUCUCAGAAAAAGAUAUUGAACGUAAUAUUGAGGAAAAUGAUGCCAGACAAGAGGCUAUUAAAGUUCAAAAUGCAUUAAAGAAUCAAACUUCGGGUACUUCAGAGAGUAAUGGCCUGAUAAAUGUCCUUCUUGUAUUUAUUGCUAUACUUUUAUUGUGGAAUAUCUAUAAUCAACGUUCUUUGAAUAGCUCCAUAAGCAGUUUGCAAAGAGCUGUCGACAAACUUCAAAUGAAGUAG